AUGACAAAUUUUCAGAAAGAAAAUCAUAUUUAUAUUGUUCUUUCAUCUGAUGAUGAUGAUGAUGAUACUGGUCCAAAUCCGACGUUCAAUGCUCAGAAAUCUAUCAUGACAGUGAACGCAACACAGAGACACGACACAGAGAGCCUCUAUAAGAACACAAAUAUGUCUGAACAACAUGAACAGAUGUCAUUAGAUGGAUCGAAUAAUGACAUGCAUCUUUUUCAUACACCACUCAAGUCAUUUGAAAUAAAUAUUAUAAAUUCUGCUGUAACAGAAGAAUAUAUUUCACGAACACUUAAUCAACAUAAUCAAACACGGUUAUCCAUUUUACCUAUGUUCCCAACAACAAAUAAUGGUAAUAAUGUUGCCGAUUUACUAUUAGCGAAUGUACCAAUACGAUUGUUAUCAGUUGAACAAGUGAAUCGUCGUGUUCGCCAAUGUCAUGAGGAUAACUCAAAUCAAUUUAGCUGUGCUUUAACAAUACAUAAUUUCACAAUACCAUCUCAAUUACGUGAUCAUUUUGUAAAUCAUUUUCAGUUAUUAUCAAACCGAUUGAAUAUUAAUUGGCAUAUUCUCGAUUUCAAUUAUACACGCUUGAAUCAUUGCUUAAGAUUGUUUGCUAAUGAGCGUAUGUCUCGAUUACGACAAACACUUCAUGAAGUUCGAUUAAUAGAUGAGGAGAUUCCGAUGGCUAUGGAAUUUUUCCUACAAAUGGACGUGGAUCUAUUCUAUAUGAAGACAUUUGUUGAACGAAAUGUUCAACCAACUUCAAAAAAUAAAGAUCUUUUUUGUCAAGUCGAACCAGAAUUACGAUUUUUCUUCAAGCCAUGUGGUCAACAACAUUGUGACGUUUGUACAUCUUCCAACUAUAUCACUCAUCGCUCACAAUUUUCACUUGAUCCUGAACAGAAUGGAAAAUAUCGUUUCUUGAAUGGAUAUGAAGUUAUUUUAAAUGGUCCUGUGAUGUGUGAUACCAUUGGCAUUAUCUAUGUUCUUCGAUGUCCUUGUGGUCAAUUCGAGUACGUUGGUGAAUCUAGUAAUAAUCUUCGAUAUACGCUUAACCGUCACCGUAUGAACGGUAACCGUGUUCUUCACGAUUUUCUUAUCGGGGAACACUCGAAUAACGGAAAUAGUAAGAGUAAUAUACAUCUCUAUCAACAUUCGCCUCGAUGUUCUGUAGCCAUGCAAAUGUUUCUCAAUUGCUAUCCACAUUACUGGAAUUUUGUACCAGUCUUGACUUGUGCAACACAAAUACACAAUCAAAAUUGUAUUGAAUCUACGACAUUCAACACGUCAGGAUCGUCAUCAGUGAGAAACUAUCAUUCGAAUCGAGAUUUAUUGGCGCGACAUUCACGAACAACUUCUGGAAUUCGAAGUGAAGCGGAAAUUAAAACAUGUUUAAAACGAAUUCCUAAACCACCACGUGAUUUUGUAUUCACUGAACGACAACAUGAAGCGCAGAUACAUUUUUUCAAAGAGAAACUUGAUCAGCAAUUGCCAAAUCUUCCAUUAAAUCUUUACGAUGCUUCUGUUAUUGUGCUAUUGCCGGAGAAUAUGUCGGCCGUUUUUCGACAAUUUCUUGUUUCAUUAUUUAUUACACAUGGUGAAACUAAACUCAAUUCAAUUGGUAAUCUACUAGUUGCUCUCAAUAAUAAGUACCCGUAUCCACAGGGAUCAUUACGUGGAAAUUGGUGUCACGCACUGGUUCAUCCUUUAUCAUCAUCAUCAACAACAGUAACAAUAUCGUCUAAAAUUGAAUAA